ACAUUAUCGUCAUGGGUGUUCUGGAGAAUGCCAAGAGACAGCUUCAGGAUUUGCAGCUUGAAGCAGGAAGUAGGGAAGAGACCGAAGAACAGCCCAGUUUCCAAAUCAGUAACAUCGAAUGGGUUCCAAACAAGGACUUCACAGUUGCCAUUGGAGCAAAACAAAUAGAAGAAUAUAUUUCUACAUGGGAGUUUUCCAAUUGCUGGCUUCAUUGCCUAGACUACCUGAAAGAGGAGGAGCUGGAAUACCGUAUUCAACAUCAUUAUCGUGUACGGUGGAGUAUACCAACUCGGAGGAAGCCCAUCCCACGAGCAACAGCCUCUACUUACUUUAUCAUAGAAAUCUCUAAAGUUAAACCACCAAUUUUCCCAGUUGAAGUUUACUUCUUUUUUGAAUCAAACAGACUUCUACACAGACCUGGUAAAUCAAGAUUCAGAGAAAAGUGGCUAAAAGACAUCAUCGAAAGUAAAAUUAUAUUAAUGGAACAAGUGACCUUUUAG